UUAACUGUUAGUCGCAUGUUGUUGUUUGCCGUAAGAAGGUAAAUUAGUGGUACUUUUUGUUAAUUUUUAUGUAGUAAUCGAAACAAGUCAACAGAAAACAUAUUUUUCUUGAUGUAUGAACGGACUGCCACAGUACUGGUUCCUGGUUCCUGGUUAAAUCUCUUGUAUCUUUUAACUGUGUUUUUGUGACCUGCGAUUGACUGUUUUUCCCAUUGAUUUGUUUACAAUUUUGUUUUUACCUUUGCCAUUAUGGAUGAUGUUAAUGGUUCACCGUUGUUAACAAACCAUCAUCAUUCAUCUAAUCACCCUCGGAAUGUACAACAUCAAGUUAAUCACAUUUCGGACAGUCCCCAUCAUCAUGCUCCGCAAACUCGUAUCGCUGAGCUACAAGAAGAGUAUUUGAUUCCCAUGAAAGAAGAUCUUUCAGAUUGGCUUAAAGCUAUUAUGGAUAUCGAUGAUAUUGACGCCAAUAAUUUCAUGUCCAAACUGGAUAAUGGUGUAAUUGUGUGUAAAUUGGCCAAAUUAAUUGAAGAAAAAUGUGAUAUUGAUGAAAAGAAGCUUGCUUCUAUUGAUUCUCAGAAUAACAACUGCAACAGUCCAUUUAAGCAAAAUAAUAAUCUGAGUAACAAUUUAAACGAUAAUAAUCAUCAAAGCAACAACAACAACAACAUUAAUAAUACCAGCGAUAUUAAAGCCAACAACACAACUAGCAAUAAUGUUGAUAUGAUUCUCAGAAAUAAUUUUUUCAACAAUAGAAGUAACAGUUUAAAGUUAACCUCUAAUGGUGAUCAAGGACAAUAUCGAUCUAAUAGUUAUUAUCAAAAUGGGCGACGACUUUCUUUUAACCAUGGUGGACCACUAAAUGGUCAUUCACCAGUAAAUGGAACACCUGCGUCCAAUGGAAUAUGUGCUCGAACCAUGAAAUGCUGGGAAAAUGCUAAAAGUGAAACCUUCUAUGCUCGAGAUAAUGUUUCUAAUUUUAUUAAAUGGUGCCGUAAAUUAAAUGUUCGUGAAUGUGUUCUGUUUGAAUCAGAGGAUUUAGUUUUACACAACAAUCCAAAAAAUGUUGUUCUCUGUUUACUGGAGGUUGCACGAAUAGCAUGUAAAAAGUUUAUGUUUACCCCAGCACCAGGUUUGGUACAAUUUGAGCAAGAAAUUGACGCCGAAGAGAAAGCAGAAUUGGAAAGAGAAAUGUUACGACGACGAAAGCGACUUCAAUCAAUGAAAAUGCAAGCUAAAUCGGCAAAUAAUAAAACGCCACUGACAACAAUUCAUAGCUACAACAACAAUAACCAGACUAACAAUGUAAUCGAUGAUAAAACAAGUAUUAAUUGUAAUUCAACCAAUGACACUGUUACAUUGAAAAAUAAUCUCAACUCUGAAGAUGAUAACAACGAGCUUCACAACAACAAUAAUAAUGUUAAUCAUAAUUUGAUCCUUGGUUAUGAGGAUAAUGAAACCAAUAGUAGUGAUGAUACAGAUAAUCUUGAUAAAUGCUCCGAAAGACCUGAUUCAGGUGAUCUAACCGGUGGACAAUCAAGUGAUACUGGUUCAAUAAAUACCGGUGAUGAUGGUGUUGAUGGUUGGUCAUCUGUUAGUCAAGAAAACCUUGGAAGAGCCUCAUCAGUGACCUCAAUCAGUAGUACUUCCGCUGAAUCCACGGAAACAUCAUCUCAAACACCGUUUGGCCAGGAAUCGGAGAAAGUUGUUUCACAGCUUGAUCAAAAGGUCAUGUUGAUUGCCAAAUCAUAUUAUGGCAAAAAAGCCAAACAUGGGAUUCAACGAUUAGCUGAAGGAAAAUACCGGAUCGCUGGUAAAAUUGUUUUCGUUCGGCUUUUAAAAGAUCGCCAUGUAAUGGUUAGAGUCGGUGGUGGCUGGGAUACUUUACAACACUUUUUAGAGCGACACGGAAAUGGAUCAGACCCGGUUAAAGAGAUCUCACCUUCUGAUUUAUUGCCAAUGGAUACUCGACCCUCAGAGAGUAUGUCACGUCGACGUAAUAGUCAAUCUAGUCAACAAAGCGUCCCUUCCACACCCAUCCUAAGAAGAUGUUUAAGCUCAACACCGGUCAGUCGUAGUUCCCUUUCAAGUCCUGAACCUUGGACCUCUCUAGGUGGAGGAAAUAGCAGUGCAGGUGGAUCACCUAAUGGUUCAUCACCGCACUACAAUGGUUUACCCAAUGGGUGUUCCCCUUAUGGCCAUCGAUCCUUAGCUCGGCGUUCUAGUGCCUCCACAACAUUGAGCAACAUCACCACAGCCUCUAGUAGCACCACUCACAGUAGCACAAGUAGCUCUUCCAGCACACUUAAUAGUACCGAUAAAUGUGUUUCACCUGUAGUCUCACAUACCUCUAACCAGCAUAAUCCUCACUCUUCAGUCACCCGUCGUCGGUCAUUGGCCUAUGAUGGAAGCAACUCUCGAAACAGUCCAAUUAAACCUAAUCGAUCAUUGUUAAGUUUAAAUUUAACUCGAUCACCAAGUACAAGUUCUUACCUUAACUCAUCCCUUUCAUCAAGGCAUUUCAACAACAGCAGUUGCAACUUGAACAACAUAACCAAUGGUAACAACACUAACAAUAAUUCACCAACAACCAAAACAAGCCGCUAUCCAAAUUACCUUCAAAGUUCCCAGCAUAUAACAAGUAAAUCUUCACCAUCCAAUAGUCAUCACAUCAAGUCACCAGUAACACCAUCAACAAAACCAUCAACUCCAACUUCAGGAAAUACACCAAUCCGUCGAACAUCUCUCAGAGCAUUUUAAAUUUUGAAAUAUUGACCUACAAAAUUAACCAAUAUGCACGACACCCUGUGGGACCUGAUUUUUCAUCAUUAUUUAUCAUCAUCAUCAUCAUCAUCAUCAUCAAUACCAACAACAACAACAUCAUUGUUCACGAUUUUCGUACAAUCUUGCCUUUUCUCACUCUUUCUUCUCCUUCUCACUCAAGUUAAAAUAGCCUAAAGACAUAUUUCCUUGCCGAUAGAAACACAAAACCUUUGGAAACAAAAUGCAAAAACAAGACAAAAAAAGAGGAUGAAAAAAAACCUUACUCAAGUCAAUAACAAUAUGCAGCGCGUAACGCGUGCUUGCUCAACCAUUUUACGCACACCUUUACCUUAUCCACGCGCCUUCACCUUCCUUAUUCAUCUUCAUCUUCUUCUGCUUCACCUUCUUUGCCUUUUCUUCUCUUCUCUUUUCCUUUUGCAUUUCCUUUACCAUUGGACAGAUGCUUGAUAGUAAAAAAUUUACACAACUCUCUACAUAAACAACACUUGAACACACUUAUUUGAUGCCAGCCAUUCAGUACACCUUAGCGCACACACACAUUCAAUUUCCAGUCCAUGUGUUUCACUAUUACUAUUGGCACUAUUAUUGCUCUUUCAACUUAAUCUUGUGAGGUUUUUUUACAAUACAGUCAAAUUUAGAUUAGCCUUUUAUUAUAUUGUUACAAUGCAAGACAAUGUCGUUUGCUCGUGUUACUCCAAUUCAAAAUAUUACAGUUACAAUUUCAGCUUCUACUUUUUAUAUCAAACGAUUCAUAUUAUUGACUAUCAAAUUGAAAAACACAGAAAAAGAGUUUGCAAAAUAUUAGUUAAUUGAGAUUCUAAUCAUUAUUAUGAUGCUCAUAAAUAUUAAAUAUAAUUUAGAUGAAAGGUUUCGAUUGCCUCUAAAUCUCUUUACUAAAUGGCAAGUGUUGAAGAUGAAGAGAAAAAAUUAAAGAUAAAUUCGUGUUUAA